AUGGUAGCAGUAUUUGAGGAUUAUAUUAUGUUUAUGCGCCGAAGUAAAUUCAAACAUGUUUUCGGUAAACCGUGCAAGAAAGAAUUUUGUUAUGAAGAUAUACGGAUAACUAAAAGUAGUUGGGAUGCUCGAUUCUGCGCUGUAAAUCCCAAGUACUUGGCAAUUAUCACUGAAGCUGCUGGAGGUGGUGCGUUUCUUGUUCUGCCCAUAGAAAAGGUGGGACGGGUGGAACGUGAUGCUCCUCUUGUUGCUGGCCAUAAGGGGAGUGUCUUAGACAUACAGUGGUGCCCACAUAAUGAUGAUCUUAUUGCUAGUGGUUCAGAAGAUUGUACUGUAAAGGUCUGGCAAAUUCCAGAAGGUGGACUUCUCCCGCAAACAAAUUUAACAACACCUGUGGCUGAUCUGGUGUCUCAUCAACGUCGCGUUGGAUUAGUCGUAUGGCAUCCAACAGCUGAGCAUGUCUUAUUGUCCGCAGGUGCUGAUAAUAUGGUGUUUAUAUGGAAUGUAGCUACAGAAGAGCCAUUGGUUGAAAUAGCAUUUCCAGAUAUUGUUUUAUCUGCUUGUUUUAAUUACAACGGUUCUCGAUUGGUUACAACCUGUAAAGAUCGGCGUACACGAGUACUUAACCCACGGACUGGAGCAAUUAUUGUUGAUGGCAUGUGUCACCAAGGCACAAAACCCCAGGAGGCUGUUUAUAUCAAAGAUAAUCGAAUUUUCACCACGGGUUUCUCACCAAUGAGUGAACGUCAGUAUGCACUAUGGAAAGAUGAGGAUAUUUCUGAACCUUUACAUAUUCAAGAAUUGGAUACAAGCAAUGGCGUACUGUUUCCUUUCUACGAUUCCGAUACUAAUUUAAUAUAUCUUUGUGGGAAGGGGGAUAGUACCAUAAGGUAUUUUGAAAUAACUGAUGAAGAACCAUAUGUACAUUAUAUUAAUAUGCUUACCAGUUCUGAUCCACAAAGAGGAAUGGGUUGGAUGCCAAAACGUGGAUUAGAUGUAAAUCAAAAUGAAAUUGCUAGAUUUUAUAAAUUACAUGCUAAAGGAUUAUGUGAAGUUAUCCCGUUCACUGUACCUCGAAAAUCAGAAUUAUUUCAAGAUGAUCUUUACCCGGAUACAAUCGGUGAUGUACCAGCUUUGACAGCUGAAGAAUGGAUGUCUGGUAAAGAUUCAGAUCCUGUUUUGGUAUCUCUUAAAGAAGGAUAUGUUCCAAAAUCAAAGCCAAAAAAACGUAUAGGCAAGGUGAUUUCAGCUACUUCAGGUGGAAAUGAUGAACAACAAACAACUUUGUCAGUACCACAAUCUAAAAUUUCAUCACAUCAGAGCCGACAAUCUGCUUCGAAAUCUCCGUUACCUGAAGUUCGUCAAAAUGCUGAUGUUCAAGAGACAAGUAGACAACGAUUAACUAAAAGUACACCACCAAAAGAUAAUCCACCCUCGGAACCAGUAAAUGGUGUCUCAACCGGUGCUAGUCAUGUAAAUGCUAUUGAUGUCCAACAUCUUAUGGAAGAUAUUCGUAAAAUGAAGAUUAUUAUCAAAGGACACGAAAGACGUAUACGAAAUUUAGAAGAACGUUUAGAUCUAACAGACAGUGGUGGAGAUUGUGUUUCAUCCAUGUCUGUUAGCUCAAUCAAAUAA